UUCACUUUCAAACAAAGCUUGAUCAAAGUGUGUGCAUGUGUGCUAGCUUUACUUUUGUUGAAUGUGAAGUGAGUGAGGUGAAAUGGCGGAUUUUGAGGAUUUGGCCCAGCAGGCCGAGCAACUCACCGCCAAUGUCCACGCAGGUACGGAGCUGCCGAGGGUCCAAAGGAACUUGCAGCAGAUUGCUCAAGCGGGUCAGCGACUGUGGACAAAAGCUUCCACAACUGACACGGAUACCACCGAUGUGAAAGCAUCACUCCUACUGGGUAGCCGCGGGUUUGACAUUCCAAAGCUCUCCCAUCGUCUUGAGAAUAUCAAUGCCGCCAAGAGUUUUGAGCCGCUCGCGCCCGUUCGCGACACAGACAUUCAGGGUUUCUUACGCAAUGAACGCGAGAAUGCCCUACUGACGGCAAUCGAGGAGACCCGCCGAAGUACUUUCGCGGCUGCCAAUGACUGUCACUGGGGAUGUGUUCGUCAGGAGUGGGAACAGGACAAGCAGCGCAUCCUCCAAGCACUUGUCAGCCAGGGCUUUGACAACUUGACCUUGCCGGCAGAGGCACCGCAGACACAAGCUACUCCAAGCCACCCCACCAACCGUAGCAGCAGCUUAGACCCGGUCGAGGCUGUCUACGCUCGCCAGGUUUGCGUUCACAAUGAGAAAACUGUCAACGGCCUGCAGUCCAAUCUCACCGCCCUCUUCGAGAAGGCCUCUGAGAAAUUUACGGAAAAGAGUGCCGGCGAAUGUUGGCAUUUGCUCUCCGGUCUACUGGACACACCGCCUCUGCGCUCCAGGACACCCGAGGCUAGAGCAACUACGGCACUCCAGGCUUCCUUCAUUCGGCAAGGUAGAAACUUCCUCCAAGCUGGGUAUAUGGACUUCAUGCGCACUGUGGUGUUUGGCCACCUGUCCUCUGCUCAGCUGGGUGGUGUGCCCAGCACUCAGCGCCUCGUCACCGCCUUCCUGCGCCUGCAGCUGCCACGGGACCGAUUCCAGACCGAGGAUGGCCAAAUUGAUGGACAGCCAAUCUGGGCUAUUCUCUACUAUUGCCUGCGGUGUGGUGACGUCCAAGCCGCCAUUCAAGUUCUCGCUCAGUCCAGGCACUCCCUGGGCGACUUCCAGACUUACCUCGAACGCUUUGCAUCCAGUGAGACCGGAUGGCUGCCGCAGACGCUGGAGUCUAAGAUGCAUCUCGAGUAUAACCGCGUUGCGCGUCACUCUCCUGAUCCGUUCAAACGAGCUGUGUACUCCAUCGUGUGUGGGGUGGAUCCUCAUGAGAAUCAUGCUGAGGUGUGCGUCAAGACCGAGGACUACCUGUGGCUGAAGCUUCAUCAAGCUCAGCCCAGCGACAGCAUACUGCCUAGUAGUCACAAUCUUCCUGGACGCUCAGAUCAGCUGACUUACGCGGACCUGCAACGCACAAUGGUGGACACGUACGGAGAAGUGCAUUUCAAGGCGCAGCAGAAGCCAUGGCUGUACUUCAAAGUGCUGUUGCUGGUGGCGGAUUUCGAAACGGCACUGGAGUUCCUGUGGCGGCAGCCGUCCCUGCGCAGCCACGCCGUCCACUUUGCGCUGGCACUGCAAGACUCCGGCUUUCUACGCAACACGGAGAAGGUCACGGGACCUAUAUUGCAACGCGAUGCUGGCGAGCAGCCUCAGAUCAAUGUUGGCCAGAUGGUUCAAACACACUUGCAGAGAUUCGCCGCCACCGACCCACGGGAAGCGCUGGAAUACGCGUACAUUCUGAGACCUUUCACCGGACUACCGGGAGAGGAGCUGUUUGAGCAGUCGGUUAGCGCACUGGCGUUAGAGACACGGGAGUUCUCUGCACUCCUGGGAGAGAUGAAUCCUGACGGCAGUGUCAAGCCUGGAUACCUGGACAGGUUCAAGGUGGACUCGCGCAGCGUCAUUCGUCACGUGGCCAGCCGGGCAGAGCAGGAGGGCCUGCUGGAGGAUUCCGUGCAUCUUUACGACCUCGCCGGGUGCCAUGACAAGGUUAUCGCCAUCCUCAACAAACUAAUCAGUCAGGUAUUGGUUGGCGGCUCUGGUGUAUCUUCUACUCGCAACCACCUCAAAGCACUAGGGCUGACCAUUGCCAAGCGGUAUCGCUCACACGGUCACAGUGCGAAUAGCGGCAACAUGUCAUCGUUCUGCAUGCUCAUCGACCUUGUGCAGUUCUUUGACUUGUUCCGUGCACGCCAAGUCGGACCAAGCUUAGACGUGCUGCGUCGCUUGAAACUGGUACCGCUGACUGAAGGCGAGAUUGAGCAGCGUGUAACCGGACUGCGACAGUACACGGACGAGGUUCGACAUGUACUGCCUGAUGUUCUACUGACCUCUAUGCAACUGCUCUACCAACAGUACACCAGCACUCGUGGUGGUGGAUCUACGCCCAUGCGAUCAAUGUCGUCUGCUGCCGACGCCUCGACGCUCACCGUUCUCCGUCAGCAGGCUCGUACGCUGAUCACGUUUGCCGGCAUGCUGCCCUACUGUAUGCCUGGUGACAUGAACGCCAGACUCGUGCAGAUGGAGGUGCUCAUGGAAGUCUAGUGGCGGUGGUGGUGGAACAGUCCUCGCUCUCAACUAGCCUAGGUGCUCACACGAAGACAUCUUGUUCUGUACGGGCCCGUGCAGCUGCUGCUAAUGCUUACCAGCACAAUGCAUCACUUGAUAGUCCCGCGCCUGUGUUCUUGCGGGCCGAUCGUACUGACUGUGGACUUCUUCUCUCCGCAUCGCUCUCCACGUGUAGCCUUCACUCCUCUCAAUGUUGAGAACUGCUAGGGUUGAGAUGCUGUAUGAUGCAACGGUGCACUCUGUGCCAAUGAGUGACAUUCUAACAACUCUAUGAUCAACCUCAUUCAAACAGUUCCCAUAAUGUCCUUUGGAAAAGCUAUUAUGUAUUUUCUGCUGAUUUUCUGGUUUUUUUAGUGGCUAGUAUAAUUUGGGGACUGAUUGCUGAUGUUGUUGUUGCUGUCAUGUUGUCCUGUUUUCAUCCCUGCCUCAUUGGUUGUCCAAAUACGCAA